UAGACCGGCGGCAUCGGCGGCAUAAGCCUAAGCAUGGGAUGCGAGAGAGGGAUAGUCUCGCAGGUUCGUAAGCAUCUGGUUCUGGAAGACGGCGCCGCCAAUGGAAAUGCCGAUGGCCUGGCCCAACGAACGGAAGAAACUGAACAUAGCCCCAGCCAUAGGCAUAUUCUCACAAGAGACCGAGACUUAAAUGGCAAUUCCAUGGACGGCGUUCAGGAAGAUCCACGUCACAGUGCUAGUAUGGGCUUCAAGGAUACAAAAGAUGCCCAGGCCGAGCAUAGUAAUAGCCCAGCCAGAUCAGAUAGCCCAACGAUACUUGCCAAACUUGGUGAUCAAGAUGCCGGCAACAGUAUCGGCGGGCGCCACAGUGGAUGUCAGCGGAAACAUCGCAACACUGGUGACGACGAAGUGCUCACGAGUCAAAAGCCGACAUGUACCCAUGGCUUACUCAAGCCUCAGGAUAAUUAUGGAACAUCAGUAUACACCUCAACUAGAUUGUAG